AUGGCCCUCUGUACAGUCUUCAGAGGCAGUGGAAGGACACUGACGCUUCAUUCUAGACCUCCUUGUGGUGGUGGAAUGGAGGCCACCUCUGUGCCACCAGAUCAGGGACUGGUGACCUUUGAGGAUGUGGCCGUGUAUUUCUCAGAGGAGGAGUGGGCUCUGCUGGAUCCAGGCCAAAGGGCUCUGCACCGAGAAGUCAUGGAGGAGACCUGCAGGAAUCUGGCCUCUCUGGCUGGACUUAUGUUUUCCGUAGCUGGUUUCACCUGUUGGCUGGAAGAAAGAAACUAUCCAUUUGCCCUGGGCUCGGAGGAAGUAGAGAAACUGUCAGAUGGUGAACAGCAGAAAAAGAAAAAUGAAGUAAACAAGAAGUGGUGGACAAAAAUCAUUUUUUCUUAUGGUGUCGACUUCCAUGAGAUUCAAUGCUUGCAGUGUGGACAGACUUUCAGCGUGAACUCCAGCCUUACUUCCCAUCAAAGAAUUCACACAGGGGAAAAACCUUAUAAAUGUUCUGAGUGCAGACAGAGCUUUAGUCACAGCUCAAGCCUUGCUUACCAUCAAAGAAUCCACACAGGGGAGAAGCCAUAUACAUGUUUGGACUGUGGAAAAAGUUUCAGCCAUACAUCAGGCCUUGCUUACCAUCAAAGAGUCCACACAGGAGAGAAACCUUAUAAAUGUUCAGAGUGUGGACAGAGCUUCAGUCACAGUUCAAGCCUUGCUUACCAUGAAAGAAUACAUACAGGGGCAAAACCGUAUAAAUGUUCAGAGUGUGGGAAAAGCUUCAGUCAUAGCUCAGGCCUUGCUUAUCAUCAAAGAAUCCAUAAUGGGGAAAGACCAUAUAAAUGCUUGGAGUGUGGAAAGAGUUUCAGUGUGAGUUCAAGUCUUACUGCCCACCAAAGAAUCCACACAGGGGAAAAACCGUAUGAAUGUUCAGACUGUGGAAAGAAUUUUAGUAGUAGGACAGGCUCCAUUAGGCAUCAAAGAAUCCACACAGGAGAGAAACCAUAUAAAUGCCUGGAAUGUGGAAAAAGCUUCAGUGUGAGUGUAAACCUUACUUCCCAUCAAAGAAUUCAUACAGGAGAGAAACCAUAUAAAUGCUCAGAGUGUGGAAAGAGCUUCAGUGUGAGCUCACACCUGACUUCCCAUCAAAGAAUCCACACAGGGGAGAAACCAUAUGAAUGCAUGGAGUGUGGAAAGAGUUUCACUCAGAGUACAAACCUUACUAGACAUCAAAGAAUCCACACUAGUUAG